GAAGAAUUAUCAAUUUCCUUAAAAAAUCCAAAAACAAUCUUAAAAACUUUGAGUGUAUUGUCUUCAACUCUCUUCAUCUUCUUCUCCGUUUACACACAAACACAUACACAUUCAUUUCUCCAAAAUACGUUACAAAAUAAUUACUUAAUUAAUUAAUUAUCAAAAUCCAGAUCUACUUCUCUUCACUUCAAUUCAUUAACUUAGAUCUCUCAAAACACAUUUCAAAUCUCACCAAACGACGUCGUUUUAAUGGGUGCAAAUCAUUCAUCACAAGGUAUUGAAGAUAGCGACGAAGAAGAAGAAGAAGAAGAAGAAGAAAGAAACAUUAACAUAAACGGAAGAACUCAAUUACGUAAUCACCAUCAUCAUCAUCACGUGGCAAAGAAGGUUCUAGAACAAGAACCAGAAAUGCUACCAUGCCACGCGUCAGCAUCUCCGCUUUCUCCUCAACUGUCAUCUCUCGGUACGCCGAGAUUAGGUCCGUCGAUUAAAGUAUGGGAUCCGUAUAAUGUUUUGGCUCCGCCGACUCCGUUGCAAUCUCCGCCGUUGCAGUCACCGCCGUCUGGGAUGAUGUUUUCGAGGAGUUUUUCGUCGGUGAGUGGAGUUAGUGGUGAUGAUGAGGUUGUUGAGGUUUUUUUGAUUUGUCAUGGUGAGUGUGAGUUGAAUUUGGCGCCGGAGUUGGUUGGUGGGAGAUGUUCUGCGGCGGAGUUGACGCCGAAUGGGAAACGGCAAGCUAGGGCUUUGGCUGUGUUUUUGAAAUCUCAAGGUGUGAGGUUUAAUGCUGUUUAUUGUUCGCAGUUGGAUCGAGCUAGGUCGACCGCGGUUUCGGUGUGUAAGGAAAUCAAUUUUUCAGAGGAACAAAUACAAUCCUCAGAUGCUCUUUCCGAGAUUAGCCAAGGAAAUUGGGAGGGCUGUCUUCGAUCAGAAACAUACACACCUGAAGUUAUGAGCUACAUUGACAGGUUUCAACCAGAUUUCACUGCACCUUCUGGAGAAUCACUUAGACAAGUAGAAUUCCGGAUGAUUCGUUUUUUAAACGAGACUGUCCUGGGAUUACAUGAAAAAUUGAGAUUAGUUUUCUCGUCAAAUCAAAAUGACAGCCACACAUUUUCUCAGCACAAUUCCCAUACUCUCACAAACUCAAUUCAUGACCAAGACGGAACUUCUCUCCAUUCAAACCAAUGGGAUUCUCUCAGCAGGAAUCGACCUGCAUUCUCAAGGAAAAAAUCUGGAAAGAGCAGGCUACAAUUUGUGACAACUACUGGAGACGAGAUCGAAGACGACAUUCCUUCUAGCAACACAAACCACCAAAAUUCCCUGCAUAAUUCUAAUUACAACAGAUUUUCAUCAUCUGUUUCUUGUAUAGGAAUAUUUACUCAUUCUGUACCAAUCAAAUGUCUCCUUACGGGUCUUCUUGGAUGUAGCCCUCUAAUGUCACAUAAGUUCUGUGUCGAAGACUCUUCAGUGACGGUGUUGCAGCAUUCUCUAAGAACUGGUUGGCAGAUAAAAAAGCUUAAUGAUACAGCUCAUCUUAGGCUUCUCUAAUCUCUAAUUAAAAGCUGCACACAGACAUCGUAAGUUUUGGCAUUGUUUUGGAUUAUAAAUUUCGUGUGGCUGUUGAUAUUCACCAGUUCUCAAGUUAUUACACCUUUUGAUUGUAAUUUGUCACCUUAAUUUAUUUCUGCACUGGUCGAUUCCGAAAGUGGAAUGAUGCAGUAGUUGGAUUGUUGUAUCAAUUCUUUUUUGGCUUGAAGUAUUACUAAAGUUGUUGCUACUAUAAAUAUUUAUACAUGCCAGUGUAUCCAUGUACUCCUAAGGAUAUAAUUGUUUCAGAAUUCAA